AUGGGCCAGCCAAGCAGGAAACCCCUGCAGCGCACCCUAAGUCAGAGCUCCAGAGAAAGCUCUACGGGGUCCAGCUCAACCAAAGCUCCUGCCUCGGGAUCGUCGCAGUCCUCAGCGCCCAAGAAAAUGAGUAGCUUGAGCUCGCUGCAAGCUUUUCAUUUCAAAGCCCCAAGCAGCAGCUCCCAAUCGAAGGCAGACCAAGAUCGAAUACUCAUGCCCCCUCCUUCAAAGUCGCGAUCGACUUCUCCUGUCAAGUUGUCUACAAAGCCUGUUAGCUCCGGCUCCACAUCUUCACAAAAAUCUGCACCUGCCCCGAAAACCGGAUCAAAACCCAGCUCGUCAAGUAGCAGAAAGGGCAAGGGGAAAGAGAACGAUGUGAUUGAGCUGUUGAGCAGCGAUGAAGAGAUCGACGAGAUCCGCCCAGCCAGCCCGGUACGGAUUGUGGGGAAGCGAAAGCGGAAAGAGGAAUCAGGCAUGUGA